AAUGUGAAAAAUUACGCGAACAUUUAAUUCAUGCUGUUGAUAAUUGUCUUGCAUCAUGUCGUUAUCAUUUCUUUUCAUAUGAUGGACCAAAUUUUAAAAAAUUAUCAUUACCAACAACACCAUUUGUUGGAAAUUAUUUUCAUUAUCCAAAUGAUGAAUUUAAACAUCCAGAUUUAAUUGAUGAAUUAAUUCAAACUGAUUCAUCUUAUCAAUCAUAUGUUAUGGCUCAUAAUGGAUGGGUUAUGAAUGAUGAUCCAUUAAGAUGUUUUGCUGAUGAAGGUCAAGAUGUUUAUUUACGUCGAGAUCUUCUUCAAUGGUCUGAUAUUAUUAAACUUCGUUUUGGUUCAAAACAAGAAGAUUGUCCAGCAUUAUAUUCUUAUAUGAAAGAAUAUACACGAUUAAUUGCAACAACAUUUCAUGGUUGUCGUCUUGAUAAUUGUCAUUCAACACCAUUAUGGUUAGCACAAGAUUUAAUGGAUUAUGCAAGAGAAAUUAAUCCCAAUUUUUAUAUUAAUGCCGAAUUAUUUACUGGAAAUAUUAAAACAGAUACACAUUUUAUUAAUCAAAUUGGAAUAAAUUCAUUAGUAAGAGAAUCAUAUCGUGCAUUUGAUCCAUAUGAAUUAGGUCAAAUAACAUCAUCUGUUAGUGAAGGAGAUCCACUUGGAUCAUUUAAUCAAUUAAAUCAAUGUUUAUUAGAAAAAAGUAAACCAUAUUCAUGGUUUUAUGAUCAAACACAUGAUAAUCCAUGUCAAAUUGAAAGAAGAUCUGUUGAAGAUGUUCUUCCACGUUCAGCUAUUGUUUCAAUGGCUAAUUGUUCAACUGGAUCAAAUCGAGGUUAUGAUGAAUUAGUUCCACAUCAUAUUGAUGUUGUUCAUGAAAAAAGAUUUUAUUCCGUAUGGAAUCAACAAGUUAAACAAAAUACUGCAAUGAUUCAAUUAAAAAAAUCUUUAAAUCAUUUACAUGCUCAACUUGCAAAACAAGGUUAUUCACAGUUAUUAGUUGAUCAAUUAUCAUCAUCAGUAUUAUUAUUAACUCGUCAUAAUCCAUCAAAUCAUAAAUCAAUAAUUUUAGUUGCAAAUACAUCAUUUUUUCAAUCAAAUAAUAAUCAUUCUGAACGUUUAAGUCCAUUAUCACUUGAAGGUGUUAUUGAUGAAAUAAUUGUUGAAGGAUCAUUAAAACAUGAUCAAGAGAAAGAAUCAGUAAAAGAAUUUCAAAGAUCAUCACAAUAUAUUAAUGGACUUAUUCAUACAAAUGUUUAUUUUAAUGAAAAUAUUCCAAUUGAACAAAGUCAAUUGAUUCGUUUAACAUCAUUAAAUAAUCGUGAAUAUAAUGGUUUUCGUACAAUUGAAUUUACAGAAAAUUUUCGUCCUGGUUCAAUUGUUAUUUUUCAAGUAUCUGUUCUUCCACAAAUACAUCAAACAUUAAUUAAUAUUGAACAAAUAAUCAAUCAAUUUUCGAAUCCAUCAAGUCAAUUUAAUAAAAUCAUUCAAGAUUUAACAUUAAUUGAUCUUGAACGUGUUCUUUAUCGUUCAUCAGUUGAAGAACAAUCUGAUGGUAAAGGUGUUGAUGUUUAUACAAUACCUGAUUAUGGUCAACUUGUUUAUUGUGGUUUACAUGGUUUAAUACCUAUUCUUGAAAAAAUACGUCAAUCAAAUCAACUUAAACAUCCAUUAGUUAAUAAUUUAAAACAAGGAAAUUGGUUAAUGGAAUAUAUUUCUAAUAGACUUAAAAUUCAUCCAAAUACAAAACAAUUAGGUGAUUGGUUUGGAAAUGUAUUCAAUUAUAUUGGAAGUUUAUCUCGUUUAAUGAUUCCAUGUUAUUUUGAUUUAAUAAUUCGUAAUUCUUAUUCAAAAUUAAUUGAACAUAGUAUUGAAUUACAAAAUCAAUUUAUACGUGGAUCAUCAUCAUUUGUACAAGAUUUAUCUCAAUCAAGUAUACAAUUAGUAAGUAUUGUAAGAAAUGCACGUUUACCAUUAUUAUCACCAAAUUUACGUGAACCACGACCAAAUGAAGAACAAGAUGAACAAACAUUUGAACGUGUUCAACAAUGUCCAUCAUUAGCUGCAGGUUUUCCACAUUUUGGUGCUGGAAUAUGGAGAAAUUGGGGACGAGAUACAUUUAUAUCAUUACGUGGUCUUCUUCUUUUAACUAGUAGAUAUGAAGAAGCUCGUUAUUUAAUUUUAUCCUAUGGUGGUUGUCUUCGUCAUGGUUUAAUUCCAAAUUUAUUAGGUGAUGGAAAAAUCGCUCGUUAUAAUGCACGUGAUGCUGUUUGGUGGUGGUUAUAUUCUAUAUCAUGUUAUACACGUUUAGUACCUGAUGGAUAUGAAAUACUUUCAGAUAAAGUUUCACGUUUAUAUCCAACACAUGAUAGUCCAAUGCAAGCAAGUGGUUCACAUGAUCAAUCAUUAUAUGAUGUUAUACAUGAAGUUCUUCUUCGUCAUAUUCAAUCAUUAAAUUAUAGAGAACGUGGUGCUGGACAUUCAUUAGAUUCAGAUAUGAAAGAUCAAGGAUUUAAUAAUGAAAUUAGUAUUGAUAUUAAAACGGGAUUUGUUCAAGGUGGAAAUCAAUGGAAUUGUGGAACAUGGAUGGAUAAAAUGGGUUCAAGUGAUAGAGCGGGAAAUAAAGGUCAUCCAGCAACACCCCGUGAUGGAUCAGCUAUUGAAUUAGUUGGAUUAUCUCGUGCAACACUUUCAUGGAUUAUUGAAAUGAAUAAAGAAGGACAUUAUCCGUAUGAUUCUGUUGAAACAUCUACAGGUUCAAGUGGUAAAAUGAAAUUACUUUUAACUGAUUGGAUUAAUAAAAUUGAUGAAAAUUUUGAAAAAGAAUUUUGGGUUGAUGAAACAAAUUCAUCAAAACAUGUUAAUAGAAAACAAAUUUAUAAAGAUACACUUAAUUCAACAUUUCAAUGGACUGAUUAUCAAUUAAGACCUAAUUUUCUUGUUGCUGCUGUUGUUGCACCAGAAAUGUUUGAUAAAAAUCAUAUAUGGGCAGCUUUAACACAAGUUGAAAACAUUCUUCUCGGACCCUAUGGAAUGAAAACACUUGAUCCAAGUGAUUUUAAUUAUGUUGGUGAUUAUGUAAAUGAUGAUGAUUCAAAUGAUUUUAAACGAGCACGUGGUUUUAAUUAUCAUAAUGGACCUGAAUGGUUAUGGUUAACUGGUUAUUAUAUUCGUGCUAAACUUUAUUGGUCAAAACAACAAGAUGAUCCAUUAAUUGUUAAACAAACAAUAAAACAUAUUCGAAAAUUAUUAUCAUCACAUAUGAGUUUAUUAUCAUCGAAUGAUUGGAAAGGUUUACCUGAAUUAACAAAUGCUGAAGGAAGAUCAUGUCCAUAUUCAUGUCAUGUUCAAGCAUGGUCAGCUGCAACACUUAUUGAAGCUUUCUAUGAUCUCACACAUUCAUAA